CGGGGGAAAGAAGCUGAAGACCCUGUCGCUACCCUGCAGUGUUCACUUUUCUAGCAACCAUGGCCGGAGCAGAAGAGAUGAAUAAGUAUCGCUCACCUCUGGUGUCCAGAUACGCCAGCAAAGAAAUGAGCUACAACUUCAGCGACAAAAAGAAGUUCACCACCUGGAGGAAGCUGUGGAUUUUCCUCGCCAAAGCUGAAAAGGCUCUGGGUCUGCCCAUCACUGAUGCUCAGAUUGCAGAGAUGGAGAGCCAUGCAGAGGACAUUGACUUUGCCAUGGCGGCUGAAGAAGAGCGAAAGCUGAGGCACGAUGUCAUGGCGCACGUCCACACCUUUGCACACUGCUGCCCCACAGCUGCUCCCAUCAUCCACCUCGGAGCUACGUCAUGCUAUGUGGGAGACAAUACUGAUCUCAUUGCAUUGCGUGAUGGCUUCAACAUCCUCUUGCCUAAGCUGGCCAGAGUCAUCGACCGGCUGGCAAACUUUGCAGAGGAAUACGCCGACCUCCCCACGCUCGGCUUUACACACUUCCAGCCUGCCCAGUUGACCACAGUGGGGAAGCGAGCAUGUCUGUGGCUGCAGGAUUUGGUGAUGGAUGUGAGGAACCUGGAGCGAGCCCGCGAUGAUCUACGUUUCCGUGGAGUCAAGGGGACCACAGGCACCCAGGCCAGCUUCCUGCAGCUCUUUCAAGGGGACCAUGACAAGGUGGUAGAGCUUGACAAGAUGGUGACAGAGAUGGCUGGCUUUAAGAAAGCCUACCUGGUGACUGGACAGACGUACAGUCGCAAAGUGGACAUAGACUGCCUGUCCACGCUCGCUAGUUUGGGAGCUUCUGUGCACAAGAUCUGCACAGACAUCCGCCUGCUGGCCAACCUAAAAGAGAUCGAGGAACCUUUUGAGAAGGAGCAGAUUGGUUCCAGUGCUAUGCCCUACAAGAGGAACCCCAUGCGUGCAGAACGCUGCUGUAGCUUGGCCCGACAUCUGAUUGCGUUGAUGGCCGACCCCCUGCAGACUGCCUCAGUCCAGUGGCUGGAGAGGACACUGGAUGACAGCGCCAACAGGAGGAUCUCCCUGCCCGAGUCCUUCCUGACAGCAGACAUCAUCCUCAGCACACUGCAGAACAUCACAGAGGGUCUUGUGGUCUACCCCAAAGUCAUCGAGAGACACAUCCACCACGAGCUGCUCUUCAUGGCCACAGAGAACAUUAUCAUGGCGAUAGUGAAGGCAGGAGGCAACAGACAGGAGUGCCACGAGAAAAUCCGUGUUCUCUCCCAAGAGGCAGCAGCUGUGGUCAAACAGGAAGGUGGAGACAAUGACCUGCUGGCCAGAAUCCAGCGAGACCCCUACUUUGCACCCAUUCUAGGGCAGCUGGAUGCUUUGCUGGACCCCAAGACCUUUAUUGGGCGUGCUCCACAGCAGGUGAAAACGUUCCUGGCUGAAGAAGUACGCCCCCUACUGGAGCCGUAUAAGGCCAAUAUGGACGUCAAGGUUGAGCUUGUGCUUUAAAACAUCAGUGAUGUCUUGAGCUGGUUUUAUGGUCGAGCAGAGUUUGCUGUCCACUCCACUCUAGGGACUGACCGUCUGUCUGCCUGGAGCGAGCUCUGUUGUCAGAUGGAGGCAGCGCACAAAGUGUGUGGUACAACCAGCGUGUGGGCCGCUCUUGCUUGUACUGUUGUUGGUCAACCAGCCGCGGUGGAGAGAAGUUAUAACAGAUGAGAUGAAGCGAGACUGAUAAAAACAGUAAAAUGGGGGGGGGGCGGCUAUCCAUAACGUGAAAUUUCAAGUUGUGUAUUUCAAACUAAUUUCAAGCUAAAAUUUAGUCAUGGCUCUGCCAAUCAGGAAGGUCUGUUGAAGGUAUGUUGUGCUUUUCUAUUUUUUUAUUUUUUUAUUUUUUUUUGGUUACCGGGAAGAAGAAGGUGGAAAGCAUCAGCUGCACAAUACUCCAGCUGCUGGUCAUUAAUGAGUUAACCACUGUGUAUUUUCACACUGGAUUUACAACUGAUGAAAUCUUGUGUUGCUAAAAGAAUCGCAUGACAUUAUCAGCACAACAGUAAUUUGUUCUUGUUGACUAUACAUUGAUAGGCAACUGGUGCUAUUGCAACCUGCCUGGUUGUUUCAUUUGUCAUUGACGCAGUAUUAUUGUUUGCUUGAAAUAAAUAAAACAUAAAUGCUAAAA